ACCUCAGUGAGCGACAGACAGUGGUUGUGAUAAGACGUAAAAAUAUCAUAUAAAGCAAAAUAUUUAAAGAUUAAAACUUUACGAUUCAUCUUCAAAAUGUUUAAAUUAUUUAUAAAAACACAUUAAAUCAACAAACAUAUUAAAAUGGAAAAAACUAAAUUUCUGCACAAAUUAAGUUGAUCAUCAGUUAAAUUGAUCUGAAAAUUAUAAAAAUUAAUACAGCCGUUUUUUGUACUUUGAAGCAAAUAAACGUGUUCACUUUUAAUUUUGUGAUAAAAUUUAGCAUUUUACAGCUUUUAUUUAAAAAAGAAAAUAUAAAAUGAUAUUGAGAGUUGUGUUGAGUUUAUUUUUCUUUUGGACGAUUAUCCAUGGUGCAACUAUUAAAUAUAAAUCACCCAAUGCUGAUAAUGCUCAGUAUUGGAACUCAUAUAAUGAGGCGCGUCUCAAAAAAUUACUUAGUCAAACCAACCCUGAUGGAACGGUUGCUAGAAAUGUGAUAAUAUUUGUCGGUGAUGGCAUGGGUAUUCAAACUAUCACUGCUGGAAGAAUUUUCAAGGGACAACGUGAAAAGCACGUUUCUGGAGAAGAAAGUGAGUUGGUUUGGGAUUCCUUUCCACACACCGGAUUUUCAAAAACAUAUAACACCGAUAAACAAGUACCUGACUCGGCUGGAACUGCUACAGCAUUAUUUUGUGGGGUAAAAACAAAGUAUAAAGUUUUAGGAUUAGAUUCAACGGCAAAAGGGGAUAGCAUGACUCAAGGACAAGUCUAUUCCAUCAUGAAAUGGGGUCAAGAUGCUGGUAAAAGGACCGGUGUAGUUACAACAACUAGAAUAACACACGCAACACCUGCAGCAUUGUAUUCUCACUCACCAAAUAGAGACUAUGAAAGUGAUAGUCCGAUUCCAAAUGAGUAUAAGAAUAGCUUAAAGGACAUUGCAAGACAAUUGGUUGAAGAUGAACCGGGAAACAAAUUUAAUGUGAUAUUAGGUGGUGGACGUGACGCAAUGGGAGCAACAAUAAAAGAUCAGCCUGUUCCACCAUAUAAUUUUACUGGAGGGAUGGAAAAGACUUUUCCACGAUCGGAUGGAUUAAAUUUACCAUAUUUAUGGUUAAAAAAUAAAUCUGAUCCAACAAAACAUGCGUACUACGUUACAAAAGCUACAGAGCUCAAUAAAAUUGACACAAGUAAUACAGAAUAUCUUCUAGGCCUUUUUGCUAAUAGUCACAUGACUUAUGAGGCGUUAAGAAAUUAUACCGAUGAGCCGUCUCUUGCUGAAAUGACUGUUAAAGCUAUCGAAAUCUUGGAUCGCAAAAACAGUUCCGGUUAUAUCUUGAUGGUUGAAGGUGGUAAAAUCGAUCAUGCUCACCAUCAAAAUUUUGCUGGUUUGGCUUUGCAUGAGGUUCUUGGGCUAGAUAGAGCUGUAGAAGCUGCAUUAAAUAAAGUAGGAGACGAUACAUUAAUCUUAGUGACAGCAGACCAUUCACAUUCUGUAACUUUCAAUGGAUAUCCAGAACGAGGAAAUGAUAUAUUAGGUUUUGGACAUAAGGAAGGAGUUGAACCAUAUGAAACAAUCUCGUAUGCUAAUGGACCCGGAUUUAAAGAGCAUCGCGCA